CCAUUGCCCCGCUCCCCCGGCGCAAAUUUCGUGUAUAAAGUCAGGCUGGCCUGAUCUCACUCCGCAAGCAUCCUCAACAUUCAUUUACACCCACUAUCUCUACGAUGCUGCGAAGACUCUUUACAGCCGCUGCCGCCGCUCUUUUGCUAGCCGCACCCGCUCUCGCUUGCCCUGGCUUGGAUCAUGAGCAUGGUCUGGCUCCCCGCAGCUCCCGCUAUGCUACGCAGCCUUCGGGUGGUACAAGCCUUCUUCGCAGGCUCACUUGGGGAGAUGUCAAUGUCGUGAGCACGACUGAUAUCCACGGCUGGUAUCAAGGUCACCUGAAAGCGACGCAACCCGAGCCAAACUACAGCGGUGACUGGGGAGAUUUUGCCUCUUUCGUCUCGCAUCUGCGAGCGUUGGCCAAGAAGAAGGGCGUAGACUUGCUCGUCGUCGACUCGGGUGACUUGCACGAUGGUGCCGGCCUCAGCGACGGGUUCCCGCCGAAUCAGGUCGAUGGACAUGUCUCCAACCAAUUCCACGCCAUGAUCAAGUACGACCUGCUGUCUGUUGGCAACCAUGAGCUCUACAAGUACAACGUCGCCCUCGACACUUACCGAAACUUCGUACCAACGCAGCAUGGCCGCUACAUCAGCUCCAAUGUCAACAUCAGCAUUGCCGACCCUCAGACAGGCAAGAACGCUUCGCACAUCUUUGGCAAGCAGUAUGUCAAGUUCCGCACAGAACGCGGGCGCCGUGUGACUUCCCUGGGCGUGCUCUACAAUUUCAAGGGUCAGGACGGUGGUAUCACGAUUCAGGACCCGAAGGACAUGGUCAAGGAAGCUUGGCUCGCCGAGGCAAUCAAAGAGGAGCCCGACUUCUUCCUUCUAGCGGGUCACAUGCCUGUUAGCCGUGAUGAGUGGCCGUACGUCAUCGAUGCCAUUCGCGCCGUCCAUCCAAGAACGCCUAUUCUCGUCUUCGGAGGUCACACACAUAUCCGCGACUGCACGACUUAUGACGCUCACUCUGCAGGUCUCGAAGCUGGUCGAUACCUCGAGACCAUCGGCUGGCUGUCCGCCAAUCUCUCAAGUAGCAAGUCUGCCUCGGGUGGGAACCUCUCCUUCUCCCGCACCUACAUUGACGCCAACCGCCGCAACUACGCCUUCCACCUCGGGCUGACUGACGUCCACCAGCUGGAUACAGCCAAGGGAAAGCACAUCACGAAAGCGAUGGCGAAGGUCGCCUCAGACUGGAAUCUCACACACGUCUACGGCAAAGCACCGCAGGACUACUACCUGGACCGCGUGCCUAUCACGUCCAACUCGUCGCUGCUGAACCUUCUCGAGAACCAGGUCCUGCCAACAGUGAUCUCUACGUCAAACCCCGACCGAAAGGGAAAGCCGAACUUCGUCCUCGCCAACAGUGGGGCCCAGCGUUUCGACAUCUCUGCGGGGGACUUUACCAAGAACGAUCAGUACAUCGUCUCGCCCUUUACGGACGCCUUCCUCUACCUCAAGGACGUCCAGCUCCAGUACGCCAGACAAAUCCUUCCCGCCUUGAACAAGCAGGGCGCCUACUCGAAGCGACAAAGCGACGCCAAGUUGAACGAGGAGAGGCAGCGCUACGCCCGUGGUGAGGUGGAGCACAUUUAUCGUGCUUGGAGACAGAGUCAAGCUGAGGGCCUUGGAGAGGCGGCUGCUCGCGACCUCGCAGAGCUGGACGCGCGAGCGGAUGCCGACAAGCCUACACUGGGCUACGUAACAAAGGACUCCUGCCCGGGCCAGGGCGACGAUACAGUGCACACCGCGAUUCCGUACUCGCGUACGCCCGACUACAUCGCCUCCCCCAUCACGGGCAACAGCACCGCCCUCGCCGAUACGGACACGGUGGACGUGGUGAUGGUUGACUUCAUCGCCAGCAGUGUGGUGUCCAUCUUGAACAAGGUACAGAAGGAGCGCAACUUUACCACGGCAGAGGCUGUGGCCUAUAACACCUUGACGACGCAGGAUCUCUAUCCCGUCUAUGCUGAGAAGAAGUGGGCUUAAACGCGACCGUCACGGACGAUGAGGAGGACAUGGACUGAUUGCCAAUGUGACAUCAUUACAUGCAUUUCUCGCGCGAGCAUGCUCACUUUGCCUCCUCGACGUGCUUCCUCGCCUCGUCCGUCUUCUUCUCCAAACCC